AUGGAAAAUAAAACUCAUUUUUUUCGUGAAAAUGAAGAAGUUAAAAAAAAAAUAGAAAUAGUGAGAAAUUAUCUAAAUAGUGAUGAUGAAAAUGAAAUAAUAAAAAAUUAUCUGAUAAUUUUAGAUAAUUUAAAUUAUUUGUGUAAUUGCUUAAAUAGUUAUAGAGAAGUAAAAAAUGUAUUAGAUGAGCAUUUAACGUUAUUGGUUCAUUCAUUUUUAGAUUUUUUAAAAAAGUCCUUUAAUCACUUGAAAAAUAUUUGCACAUAUUUCAAAGUUAAAUUAGAGAAUGAAAAAGGAGAAAAUAAUAAUUAUAAAACAGCUUAUGUAAUGAAAAAAGAAAUUACAACAGACCAAAAAAUAAGAGACGAUAAUAAUAAUAUCACAUUAGAUGAUAGUAAUUCUAAUAAAAGAAAAAAGGAAUAUGAUAAUGAAACAAAGGAAGAAGAAAUGCUGUAUGAAAAUAAGAAAAUAAAAAUGUACAUAAUCAUCGAAGAAAUAUAUAAAUAUUAUUACACAUUAAUUUCAGUCAGAGGAGAAAAAAAAAUUAAAACAUUUUAUCCUUGUAACGCUUUUUAUUUAAAUAGUAUAGUCGAUAUACUUCUUAUUAUAAAGAAAGAAGAAAAUACAUUUGAUUACAUUAAUAAAUUAGAAAAUGAGAAAACUGAUGAAAAUAAUACUUGGACUAUUCUAUAUGUCUUAAUAAUUUGGCUAUCAUUUUGUUUAUAUUUACCAUUUAAACUAGUUAAUAUAAAUACAUCUCUUUUAGAUAAUAUUGAAGAAAUAUAUUACUAUUAUAUAAAAAAAAAUGAAAAAUCAAAAGAAGCAUGUUCUAUUUUAUAUGCUCAAUUUUUAAGCAGAGAAGACGUUUAUCAAACUAAAAUUUAUUUCAGCCAUUUUUUAAUUUUUUCUAAGGAAAUAAUGGUAAAAUUAAUAGAAAUUGAAAAAAAAGAAAAAAAUAGUAGCUUAACAGAAGAUAACUAUAUAAUAAAAAAUGAAAACAUUCCAUGCUAUUGCCACUCAAAAUUCUCCUAUUUAAUUUUAUAUGGGAUUUUAUUAACACAUAAAAAAAUUUUGAAAAAGUUAGAUAAAAAGUUACUAAGAAAUUACGUGAAUUUCUAUAAAUUUUUUUUUAUUCAAAAUCAGCAUAAUUUAGAUUUUAAUCAGACUUCAAAAUCAUUAAAAAUUCUAUGUUUAGGUUAUUAUACUUUAUUAUUUUUAGAAAAAAUUGAUGACAAAGAAAAAACAAAUGAAUAUUCUCAUGCUGAUUCAACAGCAUUAAAACAGAGUAUGACAAUCCAAAAUGAACUCAAUAUUGAUGAAAGUAAUCAAAAACUUAAUAUAAAAAAUUCAAGUAAGGGAAGUAUUAAAUUGGAGAAUAUAAAUAAAAAUGAAGAAAGUUCAAAUACAAUACAGCAUAAUGAAUGCAAUGAAAAGAAUGAUCUUUUUAAUGAAUUUCCUCUUUAUUUAAAUAUAAAUGAUGUUUUUCUUUUAUAUAAAAAAAGCAUCGAAGAAAAACCCAAAGUGCAACAUAUAGAAAAAUCAGUAAAUAUAAAAGUAAAUAAAAAAUAUAAAUGUGAAAAAGACAUAUUAGAAAUAUUAAAUAUAUUUUUUUUUUAUUUUAAUGAUAAUAAUAGCUAUAUUCGAUGGUGUUUAUCUAAAAGCUUUGGAAAUAUUUUAAUUUACUUAAGUCCAGAUAAUAUUAAUAUUAUAUUUAAUAGAUUCGAAGAAUUAACAAAAUAUAAUGAUCAUAAUAUAUUGUGUUCAAUUAAUUAUAGUUUAUUUCACUUUAUCUUUAAUAAGAACAAUCUUUCAAUAGAAAUUUUAAAUUACAUCAUUUUCAAAAUUAUCCAAAGUUUAUAUACGAACAUAGACAAGAUUUAUUCCAGUGCAUUUGUAUUAUUAUAUAGUUUAUUUAAGUAUAAUAUAUAUAUAAAAAAUUAUUAUGAAAAAAAUAAUAACAAUGUAAAUUUUUUUCUAUUUCAUUUAAUAUUUAUAAAAUUAAUUAUUUUAUCUCUAUUUGAAGAUAAUAUUAAUAUUAGAAAAUCAGCUAUGUCACUGCUUCAAUUCUUUAUAGGAAAAUUUAAUUUUUUGUAUCAAAUAAAAAAUUAUUUAAACAAUAAGAAUGAUAGUAGUAGUACUACUACUAGUAAUAAUAAUAAUAUUGUUACAACUACAAAUAAUAUGAAUACUGUUAAAUAUAUUUGUGAUAACAUUGUACACAAUAAUAUAGAGAUGCAUAAUCACAACCAAGAAGAGUUAUUUUCUCAGAUACUUCAAUUUAUUAAUUUAUUUUUUAAUCAUUCAAAUAUUAGUAAUUAUUAUGAAAAUAUAAAAAAUAGUCCUAAUUUUUCUAUAAAUGAAAUAAACAAUAAUUUUACUUGUAAUGAUGAAGAAAAAGUUAUUUUUGAAAAAAAUAAAAAAUGCAUGAAUGAAAUAAAAAAAGAUAUAUUUAAUAUGAAUAUUGAUAUAUUAUCUACUUGUAAUUUCAGUGAAUUAAUAAAUUUAAAAAAAUCUAUAAUUUUAAAAACAAAAAUUGUUUGCAAUUUUUUUUUAUAUAAAUAUCCAGUUAUAUAUCAUUUAUAUUCAAAUAAAUUAUUCCAUGAAAAUAUUAAUAUAAGAAUAUUAUCAUCUGAAUCAUUAGCAAAUUUAUCUACUAUUGAUAAAGAUUAUUUUAUUAAAGUUAUUCUUCCAUUUUUAAUAAAUAAAAGCUAUGAAGAAAACGUUUUAGUAAAACACGGUUCUAUUAUAUGUAUAUCUAAAAUACUUUUAAAAUUAAAAAAAAAUAUCGAUGAAAAUUUACAAAAUGAAAUAAAAAAAAUAAUAGUUUAUAGCGAAAAAAAAAGAAUAUACAAGUUCAAAAAAGGAGAAAUUUUAAGGCAUUCUUUAUGCUUAUUAAUACAAAGUAUAUGCCAGUGUAACUAUUUUAGUGUAAAAAAAAAUACAUACUCUUUUUUUUUGGAAGUGUUACAUAAUAACUUAUUUCAUUAUAAUGAAAUUAUACAAUUUGAAGCUUCAAAAAUAUUUUAUUACAUGCCUAUAUAUAUUUUAAACAAAUAUGAUGCCAUUAAUUAUGUAUAUGAAGUAUUUUGUAAAAUUAUAAAAGAGAAAAACAAUUUUCUACACUUAAAAGGAUAUUUUAUUCUUCUAUGCUUUAUUAACGAGGAAAUUAUACCACAUGUUUCUGCUGAAACAAUUAAAAUUUUUUAUUAUAUCUUAAAAAAAAAUACAACAUAUUAUAAAAUAAAAAAAUUAUUAUUAAAUAAUGUAGUGAACAAAACAAAUGAUGAGAAAAAAGAAAAUACAGAUACUACAAUAAAUAAUCAAAUAAAAAAUGACAUUCGCUUUUUUAAAAAAAUAAAUUUUGAUACUUAUCCCAUUGAUUUUAAUAUGAAAAUAUACUGUUUAUUAGGUCUAUUUAAUAUAAUCGAUAAACUUAGAAAAAAAUAUAUAAAUGAUUUUUUAAAUAUUUACGAUAAGUGUACAGUAAGUUUUAAAGGUUUAAUCAAGUCUAAAAAUCCUCAAAAAAUGAAAUUGAAAAAAUAUCAAUGUAAUAUAAGUACAAAUGCAAGUAGUGAAAAUAAUAGAGAUCAAAAUAUAUGCAAAGAAAAUAUAGAGUACGAACAGUUAAGUAGUGAAAGAUCUAGUGAGAGUAGUUUAAAUGAUUAUGAAAAAUAUCCUUCUAUCACUUUAGAUAGUAAUGAAGACAGAUAUAGCACAAAUAUGCAAUGUUAUAGAAAAGAAAAUGAAAAUGGAAAAAAUUUUAAAUUAGAAAAUUUAAAUAAAAAAAGAAGAAGAAACACGUGUUUUUAUAUUAAAAAAAAAAUUAACUUUUUAAAAAAAAAAAUAGAUUGGAAAAGAGUGUUAGAGAAGAGUAGAAAAAAAAAUAUAGAAAUAAUCAAUUUAAAUUUAAAUAUUAAUAAAAUUAUAAAAAUAAUAAUUUUGCAUUUACAGGAAUAUAUAUAUGAAAAUGAUAUUGGAGAUUCACAUAUUUAUGUUAGAGAAAUUUGUUUAGAUUUAACUGCCUUUUUAUUAACUUCAUUUCCUCUUUAUUUUUUUAAAAAAAAAAUUAAAAAAAUAAAAAAAACAAAUUACCGAAAUAUUAAAAUAAUAGAAGAAAAAAAAAGAGAAAAAAGAGAGAGUAAAUAUAUUAAUAGCAUAAAUAGCUCAUUAAGUAAAAAUUUUUUUUAUGAGUAUUUUAGCUCAGACGAUAGUUACGAAGAUAAUGAAAGUAGUAAUGACGAAAAAGAUAAGAUAGAGAAAAAUAACAUAUAUUCAUAUGAAGAAAAAGAGCAAACAAAUAAUUAUAAAAAUACUGUAUGCAUAUAUAUUUUGUUUGAAAUAAAAAAAAAAAACAUAAAUAUACUUAUUCAACUGUUAUUGAAAUUAUUAUGUGAAAAAAACAUUAGAACACAUAAAAAGUGUUUAUUUUUACUAAAUUAUAUAUAUAAUUAUGCUACUUUUAAUGAUAAAAAAGAAAAAGAAGCUUUUUCUUUUGAUAAUAUUUUUAAUAAAUAUUGUCACGAUUUCCCAUACGAAUUAUUUCUCAGAAAGAAAAUUGAUGAUAACAUAAGAAAGAGUAAAAUAAACAUCUAUCAAUACUUAAGUAGCUAUUCACCUAAUAUUUUUAGUGUAUUUAAAAAUAUAAUUACUCAUGUAUGUGAUUACUAUGAACCAUUAUAUUUAAAAGAAAAAAAAGUGAAUACAUAUUAUUCUAGUUACAAGCAAUUUAAUAAUAAAAAAACUGCAUGUGAUUUAAAAAGUGAUUUUGAAAAAAAAAAAAUAAAUAAAUGUUCUUGUAAGUACGAAGAGGAAAUUACUUCACUAUUUUUAAAUAAGAAUUAUAAAUAUGAUGCUAUUAGAACUAUAUUUAACAAAAUUAAUAACUUUAUUUAUUUAUACAAUUAUGCUUUGAAAUAUACGAGUUUUUCUAUUUUUCAUAAAAACAAGUUUAUGUCAACUAGAAAGGGAUUAAUAAAAGGAUAUAAGGUUAAUCACAAUGAGGAAAGUGAACAACAAAUUAUAAUUAACAAAGAUAAUGAAAAUAAUGAUUUAAUAUUUGACAAUAUAAAUAUUGAUAAUGAUUUUAUAGAUGAAAUAAAUUUAAGCGAAAACGAAGAAAAGGAAUCAAUAGAGGAAGAAAAAUUAAUUAAAGAUGUUCAUUUUCUAUUAGAUAAAACGAAAAAAAAUAUUAGUGUAAUAAAAUGUUUAGAAUACAACGAAACUUACAUAUAUAAUCAUAUAUUUUAUCUAUUGUUUCUAGAUAAAUACAAUUACUACAUUAUUAGUGGAUUGUUUAAUACACUUUGUUAUUAUUCUUCACAAAAUGAAUAUAGCAAUUAUGAAUACACUAAUUUAAUUAAAAGAGGAAAAGAAAAAUCAAUUGAAUUUCUAUUUUUAGAAUUUUUGGAUAAAUAUAAAAAUAUUUACACAUUUGGUUAUAUUAGAGACAAUAUUUUAUUUUUAUAUAUAAGAUAUUAUAAAAAAUAUUUUAUAAAUUAUGAUUAUUUUGUUAUAAACCAAAUUAUCUACGAAUAUAACAAGAAAAAGAUAAAUUAUUUUUGUUGCAAUAAUAAUAAUAAUACAUGUAUAAACGAUGAUAGUACUGAUCAUGGUGACAAUAAUAUUUUGAAAACGCUAUACGAUAAAUAUGAUAUAAAAUAUACUGAAUUAUUAAAAAAUUUUGAUAAUACAUAUUUUUCUUUAUAUGAUUAUAAUUUGCAAAACGUAAAUUUAAAAGAUAUAAUAUUAAAUGAAAAAAAAUAUGGAAGUUUUAAUUAUUUAAAAAAUAUAUUUAAUAAUUAUAAUAUAUUCUUUGAUUCAAAUAUAAUGUUUAUAAAUGAUGGAUAUGACAAUAAAGACAAAAAAAAAAAGGAAAAAAAAAAAAGGAUAAAGGAAAAUAAUCAAAUUAAAAGACAAUUUCAUGAAAAAAUAGAAUUAUUACAAUAUGUGAAUAUUUGUUUAAUUAAAAUUUUAUAUUACUUAAAUAAUUUCAAUUUAAUACAGCUAGAAACUUUUUUAAAAGGUGUAAAUUCAUUUGUUAAAUUUUCAAUAAUGAAUAAUUUUACUGCUUUUUGUUUCCUAAAUUUCUUUCUUUUUUAUUUAGAAAAAUAUAAUUGUUUUACACUUAUUAAGACCAUAUCUGAGUUAAUCAUAAAUAUUUAUAUGUGUCCUUCUCUUCACAUGAACAUAAAGAAAUUUGCAAUGUUUUUAAUUUUAAAUUUAUUAUUACACAAAUAUCCUAAGAUAAGAGAAUUUACAAAUGAAUACUUUUAUGCAAAUAUUAAUUUUAUUUCUCCAAAUGAAAUUAAAACCUAUUUAUUUAACUCAUAUGAGGACUUAGAAAAUAUAAUUUCUAUAUUGAUAAAUACACAAUUUUCUGAUGCAUUAAAUGAAGAGAAAUGCCAAAUUAAUGUGGCAGUAAAAGAAAUAGCUGAAAUUUUAAGAAUUCCUCAUUAUAUAACGUUUUCAUCAUUAUCCUCAUUAUCUAAUUCAUCUUCACUUUUGUUAUAA